AUGAAAAGCGCAGAAUAUAUAAAAGCUAAUAAUGACUGGUUAGAUGCCCAAGCCAACGCUAAAGCAGCCCAACUUAUAGGGUCAAUAAGGACAAAAAUACAAGCGGAUGAAGACAGUUCAAAUGAAGCUUUAAUGAAUGCUGACUUUAAGAAUGCCUUCGAAGCUCUUCAUAGUAAGGUGAAACUAGUGAACGACUUCUCAUCUGGAAAGAAACUGAAGUCUGAAGGUUUCGACAAAGAGUUAAGAGAAGUAGCACAAAAUAUGACGAAAAUAACAGAUGCAGCAACGAGACAGGCAGUUCAAAGUGCCUAUGACGCCGUUAGAGCAACUGUUGUGGAAAGUCAAGAAAAAGAGUUACAACAGACCAAAACAGACCUAGUAAAUGCUUUCUUAAAAACGAAAAGUCAGGUAGGACAUUAUGCUGCAGAUGGAACAUAUGUGCCAGCUGGUGGAACUUAUAUACCACCAAACCCUCCAAGAGAAGCACCUGCACCAGGACUACCUAAAACAUUUACAUCGUCACAUGGACACAGACACAGGCAUGCACCAAAACCAACACAACAACCAACAGUUCAAAAUCCAGCACCACAACAACAACCAAAACCAACAGUUCAAAACCCUGCACAACAACCAACAGUUCAAAAUCCAGCACCUGCACCACAACCAAAACCAGCACAACAACCACCUCCACAACCAGCACAGCAACCAACAGUUCAAAACCCUGCACAACAACAACCACAAACAGAGCAAGGACAUAAAAGAAGUAGAGAAAAAGGAAACCAAGAAUUCUUAAAAAUGCUUAAGGAAGAUUAUGGUUACCCAGAUACUCUUGACUUUAGUGACAGAUAUAAAGAAGCUAUUAGAAAGUUCAAGGAAGGAAAUACUGACCCGAACCUAUUUAGCUUUAUGGUUGAGCAUCAAAUCGGAUAUAAUCUCAAACCUGGAAAAUACAAGCUCGCUAAGGGAUAUGAUUUAAUAGCAUAUCAUCCAAAUGACAUGAAUGAAUUUACUCCGAGAUAUUUGAUGUCAGAGCUAAAUGA